AUGCAGUGGUGGAAUCAAAGUAGACGUCUGUUGCAUACAACCUACAUAUCUUUCAAGUCUGAAGGUGGAAGGCCGACUUCUUGGAAUCUUCCAGAUUUAGAUAAGUUAAUGAAUAAUUCAAAAUCAAAAGUUUACAGUAAGAACGAUUGGAAUGAAUAUUUUUCCAAGGAAACUAUUACUGGCGAAAGGAACAACGACUCUUCAAAAUUACACAUAAAACCCCCUCCUAAAGGUUGGCGGAAAAACAAGAACCUUCCUCAAUGGUUACGUGAGAAAUAUGCUUUGAAGGAAAAGGCAAUGAAAAUAGAUUUAAGCAAAGUCAAAAGACUAAGCCCGUCAACUGCAAAUGCAAUCAGAAUGCUUCACGAUCAAUUUCCAGAAGAACUACCAACUCCUAAACUGGCUGAAUUUUUCAAAGUAUCGCCUGUUGCAAUUGCGAAGAUAUUGAAAUCAAGAUGGACCCCAACUGAAAAAGAGCUUGAAAAAUUGGAGAGGCGGUACCAAAGAAGAUUAUUGAGGCAAGUUACUGAGAAAAUGUUACACAAUAAAUUUGAAGAGUUCAUAGCAGAAACUGAAUCCAAACUGAAAAUGGAAAUACCACCUUUCUUCAAACAAGAGUUGUUUGAUUACUAUAAGAAAUUUGGUAUCGAGGAAGUUCGAACUGACUUUGAAGAACUUAAUAAGGCACGGCUUGCAAGGGAAAAAAGAAAAGACGAGAAAAUCAAUGAAUACGUUAAUACCAUUGCGCCUAGCACAGAGGGAAAUGAUUAG